GUGUGCGGUGGCGGCGGGAGGAGACGAAAGAGAAAUAUGCAGGCGGUGGCACGGGCGGCGCGUGGGCUCGCGGCUGCGGCUGCGGCUGCGGCUGCGCGGCCGUCGGCGACGGAGGCAGGGCACCGCGGGCAGGUGCAGCAAGCUCGGGGCAUCGUGGUGCAGGUGAGGGACGGGAAUCUGGAGCGGGCGCUGUCGAUCAUGGAGCGCAAGAUGCGGUCCAGCGGCAUGGAGCGCCUCAUCCGGGCGCGCACCCAUCACCACGUCAAGGACUCGGAGAAGCGCGUGCUCGCACGUAAGGGGCUUAUGCAGCGCGUCCGUUCCCAGGAGCUCGGCAAGAAGCUCCGCGAGAUCCUCAUCAAGAAGAUCAGGGGCCAGUGAGGGCAUCAGCGCAUUGGCCGUUUACCGGUAGCAUUUGUGUGUGGGUGCUUCGUUUUGAGCGCGUAACGAUGCUGGGUACUUCCAUCGAUGGUUCUGUGGCGCAGCCUGAGAAUAACUCAACCUACCUUGAGCAAAAAGGCUUUUGCUAUAUUGCAUGGAGGACAGAUUGAUGGUAAAACUAUUGUUUUUUUAUUGUACAACUUAGUAUAUAUAUGGAUUUAAUUA